GAAUUAUAAACGUCUGGAAUAUGGAUACGAAGAGAAAUCCGAAGGAGACUGCAAAUAUACUGAACUGGCUAUGUUUCGGAUGGACAUUGCCGAUUUUCCGAAAGGGAUACAAGCGGGACUUGCAGAUUGAAGAUUUGUACGAUCCCCUAAAGUCCAAUGAAUCGGAAAGCCUCGGUGACCGUCUCGAGAGAGAAUGGAAAAAGGAGUUGGCGAAAAGGCCCAAAAGCCACCCAAGUUUGUUGCGGGCACUGAUCAGAAUAUUCUGGAUGCCAUUCAUGAUCCAAGGAGUGAUGUUAUUUGUCCAGUUGAUGGUGCUGGAAAUUAUGUUGCGAAUGUGCCAAGGAUGGGUGAUUAGCUAUUUUGAUACGGAUCAAAAUUCUACCACGCAGAACGACGCUCUGCUCAACGUUGGGAUUUUGAUUUUUAUCUCUCUCAGCAUCGUUUUUAUCGAGCAUCACAACGAUUUGCGUACCCAGGAAAUUGGCAUGUGCAUCAGGAUUGCUUGCUGUUCGAUGAUAUACCGAAAGGUUUUACGCCUCGAUCUAGCUGCAACGAGGAAUGCAACAGCGGGAAAAGUGGCCAAUUUGAUAAGUAACGAUGUGGCUCGAUUCGACACGCUUUUGAUAUACCUCCACUUCAUCUGGAUCAUGCCAUUGCAGAUCUUGUUGAUAGGAUAUGUGAUGUGGAAAUCGGUGGGUUUCGCAACGUUGGUAGGGAUCGGGGUGAUGAUAAUCCAAACUUUACCCAUUCAAGGGUACUUGACUCAAGUUGCCGCCAAGUUGAGGUCAAGCAUCGCAACAAGAACUGACGAAAGGGUACAAGUCAUGAGUGAAAUAAUUUCUGGAAUACAGGUAGUGAAAAUGUACUCAUGGGAAAAACCAUUCGAGUCGGUUGUAUCGAAGGUUAGAGCUCUGGAGAUGAAACUAAUCGCUUUUUCAACGUACCUAAGAGGAACGCAUCUCGGCAUGAUGAAUUUCUCAGGACCUGUAACAAUUUACGCGACAAUGGUCACUUUCGCACUGAUGGGGAAUUCUUUGACUGCAGAAGUAGUCUUUCCAGUAUCCAGUCUAUUUCACGCCCUGCAAAUGACGUGUGCCAUACAGCUUCCGCAAGCAAUUAUCCAGGCUGCUGAAGCUGGUGUGUCUUUGAAAAGACUAACGGAAUUUUUAUUGUUGGACGAAGUGAAGAAACUGAAAAAUUUUCAAACCAUGCCCAAAGAUGCGACGCAAGAAAAUGAAAAUCGUUCAACAAAUGAUGUGUUGGAAAACGUCGACGAAGUUAAACUGGAACCGUUACUGCGAUAUAAAAAAAGAGGAACAACAGACAUCGAACGUGUCACAAGCGACGAGGUGCAGAAUAUAGAAAACAAGAUAAAUGAAAAGUUCAAGCAUGGGAUUGGGAUUGAAAUGGCCAGUGUGAUGGCCAAUUGGAUUAGUGGGCACCAACCGAAAACCUUGUGCGAAGUUUCAAUGAAAAUAAAGAGUCGAUCACUCGCUAUGAUUGUGGGCUCUGUUGGCUCCGGAAAGUCAUCAUUGCUGCAUCUCCUGCUAGGCGAGUUGCCGCCCGAGUCUGGACGACUCUCGUUCUUCACUGACGAAGACAGUGAGAAAACGAGUAUCAACAAUCGAGAUAUUCGCAUUUCGUACUCUGGCCAAGAUCCAUGGCUAUUCUCUGCCUCCGUACGUGACAACAUUCUAUUCGGGCAGCCGUACGACGAGGAACGCUAUCAACAGGUAACGGAAGCUUGUGCACUGGCCAAAGACUUCAAACAGCUGCCCCACGGUGAUUUGACCUUAGUUGGUGAAAGAGGAGCAUCGUUAUCAGGAGGUCAGAGAGCUCGAGUCAAUCUGGCCAGAGCCGUUUACAAAGACGCUGAUCUAUACUUACUGGAUGAUCCUCUCAGCGCUGUAGAUACUCGAGUCAGUCGUCACUUGUUCAACAAAUGCAUCAAGGACUUUCUGAAAGGCAAGACUCGAAUCCUCGUUACUCAUCAGCUGCAAUUUUUAGGACAAGUUGACGAUGUUAUCAUUAUCGAUCGAGGUAAAGUGAUGUGCCAGGGUACUUACGACGAACUAGCCGAAACCAGCCUUUUCCACGAGUUGAGUUCUACCGAAAUGGAAGUAGACGAAGUAGUCAAAGAGGCAGACGAAAGUCACGAGAAUGACGUGGAUGACAUGGCAGCAGACGCAACUGAAGAUUGCACUGAUGAAUUGAAGAAAGCUGAUAAGAAUACCGAAGAAUCUGAAGAUCUGAACGAGGAGGAAAUUGCAAAAGGAAGAAUGUCAAUACAAGUAUAUAAGGGUUACUUUUUGGCAGGUGGAAAUCCGUGCAUGUUGAUUUUACUUAUCGUAAUAUUCAUAAUCGCACAAGUGGUGGCAAAUACAAGUAAUUAUUGGCUGUCCUACUGGACAAAUCAUAAUUCAAUCGCAGCUGCACCGAGAUCAAACGUUGCCAUUAAUAAUGGUAAUGCGUCUUCCCAAAAUAUUGAUGUAAAAAAUACAAUACAGGCGUUUGCCGUUAUCGAAUCACUAUGGUUCGAUGAAUCCGGGCGGCUAAGUACAAACAUCGCGAUUCAAGUCUAUACAACAUUGAUUGUGGCGAAUAUUUUAUUGAUUUUAACGCGCAGUUUGCUUUUCAUGAGAACAUGUAUGAACGCCAGCCGCAAUGUACACAACUCCAUGUUCUCCAACCUCUUGCGGGCUCCCAUGAGAUUCUUCAAUACAAAUCCAGCUGGAAGGAUUUUAAACCGAUUCUCGAAAGAUGUGGGAACUAUGGACGAAAUUCUGCCAAAAGCGAUGUUGGAAACGUGUCAGAUUUUCGCAGUCAUAAUUGGAAUAUUCUCCAUCACAAUCGUCAUCAUACCAUUGGCGAUCGUCCCUGUACUCAUAGUAGCUGGACUUUUAUGUCUCGUCACAAUCUUCUGCAUCAAAACCACUCAAGACGUUAAGCGGCUGGAAGGGAUCACCAAAAGUCCAGUUUUUUCACAAGUCAGCUCCACUCUGGAUGGUCUGAUAACUAUAAGGAGUAGGGGCAGGGCAGCGGAACUGAUGCUGCGAAAGGAAUUUGAUCGUUAUCAAGACAAGCACACCAGCGCCUGGUACUUGACGUUAUCCACAAUGACUGCAUUCGGGUUCGCCGUAGACCUGAUUUCAUGCUUCUUCAUAACCUCCGUCUGUUUUUCGUUCUUGUUCAUUGGCAAUAAAAACUUUCUCGGCGGGUCUGUGGGUCUUGUGAUCUCACAGUGCCUCAACUUGACUGGCUUAGUUCAGUUUGGAGUCAGACUAGGUGCUGAAGUGAUUUCACACAUGACUUCAGUGGAGAGGGUUCUUCAGUACACAAACCUGCCUAAAGAGGGACCUUUGACCACUGACAAGCCACCUCCGGCCGCUUGGCCUUCUAAGGGUGACCUGGUCUUCAAUCGUGUCUCCAUGAAAUACGCCGACACCGAGCCACCAGUAUUGAAGGAUCUUAACAUGCACAUAAAGCCAGGCUGGAAGGUCGGAAUUGUGGGAAGAACCGGUGCUGGUAAAUCAUCGCUUAUCUCGGCGCUGUUUCGAUUGGCCGGAGACGGUCUGGAGGGCGAGAUACUGUUGGAUGGGAUCAACACUGAGUCUAUAGGUCUACAAGAACUGCGCCCGUGCAUAUCGAUCAUACCUCAAGUGCCAAUAUUGUUCUCAGCAAGUCUUCGCUACAACUUGGACCCCUUUAAUCAGUACUCGGACCUCGCAUUGUGGGACAGCCUGCGGGAAGUCGAACUUGGAGAUGGUAUAAAAUCCCUUGACAUGGAAAUUGACGAGGGUGGAGCCAAUUUCAGUGUCGGGGAACGUCAACUGAUCUGCUUGGCCAGAGCCAUUCUGAAAAACAAUCGGUUACUCGUCCUUGACGAAGCUACCGCCAACAUUGACCGUAGUACCGAUACCUUGAUUCAAAACACUAUAAGACGGAAAUUCGCUGAUUUCACGGUGCUAACUAUAGCCCAUCGUUUAAACACGAUUAUGGACAGUGACAGAAUCUUAGUCAUGGAGGGAGGCUGCAUCGUGGAAUUUGGCCCCCCGCAUUUGCUGUUGAAAAAUCCGAAUGGCUACUUUUUCCAAAUGGUACAUCAAACGGGAGAGGCGACCGCGGAGAAACUUGCACAGAUUGCUGCGAACUCCGAUUCAGCAAUCUCUGAAUAUAAGGAAGUAGCGAAUGACAUCAAGACUGACAGCAGUGCGGUGGAGCGAUGAUGGAU